AUGAAGUACUUAGCUGCUUACGUUCUGUCAACGAUGGGUGGGAAUGAUUCUCCGACUGCUAAAGAUAUAGAAAAGAUUUUGGGUUCUGUGGGGCUGGAUGUUGAUAUGGAGGAAGCAAACAAAGUGGUUAGUGCCUUAUCUGGGAAGUUUAUGCGUGAUCUGAACGUAAUGGAUGACGAAAUUGCAAGUUUAGAUGGGUCUUUAAAGUUGUCUUGA